AUGGCUGAGGAUACGCCUCGCAAGCCGUCGCGAUCCGACACGAUCUCACAGCAUUCCCACACAUCGCAGACUGCGCAAGAAUUCAUCAAUAGCCAACUUCAGCUUGAAGCUGAUGCACGCGAGGUCCUUCCAUAUCAAUUCGAUACUUGCUCGCGUCCUCUUGGCCCACUGCGGCAGAAAGCCUGGUCCUGUCUGACCUGCAACCCUCCUCCCGAAGACCCCUCCGAACCGUACACGCCCGCUGGAGUCUGUUAUUCCUGCCACGUUUCUUGCCAUGGCGAGCACCAUCUCGUGGAACUUUUUGCCAAACGCAACUUCGUAUGCGACUGCGGUACCACCCGUAUCCAGUCAGACUGUCCAUGCACGUUGCGAGUCAACGAGGAUACCGGCGUCAAGGGUGGCGUUCGCGCCGAGAGUCCUGCCCCCAGCAACCAUUAUGAUCACAACUACCGUAAUCGCUUCUGCGGAUGUGGUCAGGAAUACGAUGCGCACCAGGAGAAAGGUACCAUGUUUCAAUGUCUCGGACUGGGCACUAUCGAAGAUGGAGGGUGCGGAGAAGAUUGGUGGCAUCCCGAAUGUCUCGUAGGCCUACCCCGAGACUGGUAUGCGAAGGAGUCCAACAAAAAGUCGGAAGAGCACACCGACAAGGAUGCCAAAAAUGAUAUUGGGAAUGGAACCGCAGAGAAGGUGGAUGGCGAAACGGUUACAACCAAUGGCAUCGCGAUCGAUGUGACAAACGGAAAUGCUGCCGACGUUGGCGGUAGAGACGAGUUCCCAGAUCAGGAAGACGCAGCCGAUGAGGAUCCUCCCCUUCCUCCAAGCUUUCCGGCCGAAGACCUUUUCGAGCAUCUGAUCUGCUACAAAUGCGUAGAAGCGUUUCCGUGGAUCAAGCGGUAUGCAAGCGCUCCCGGAUUCCUUCCCCCCGUCUACCGCUCAGACCGUAGAGAUGCCACUAGCGACGAACAAGUGGUCACAACGAAUGUGGAAGCUGCGUCUGUUUCUUCUGCCGCAGUUCCUGCCGAAGAAAGUUCAAAAAAACGCAAAGCAUCCGAUGCCGAAGAUAGCGAUGGCGAUGUUGACCGAGCACAUGAAGCUGCCAAACGACAACGCAACUCUCAAGAACCAGCAGCAGCCACUAUGCUCGCAACUUCAGAGGCACCAGGUAACCCCCGAUCGACGCAAGCGAUCUGCCACUACGCCAAUCUUCCGCCAGCACCAAACGGUCGGUUCUCCCUUUUCCUCAAGGAGGAUUUCAGAGACCAGAUCUGCCGUUGUCCGUCUUGUUUCCCGCUCCUGACCCAGCACCCUUAUCUCUUGGAAGAAGAGGACAUGUAUGAGCCGCCUGUCUCGGAAUCUGACGAAGCCGAUGCUCCGGGCACUGGCAGUGCCGGUAGUCGUUCUCUGCUUGACCGCGGUGAGGUUGCGUUAUCAAACAUAGACCGGGUGCGGGCCAUCGAGGGCGUCAUGGUUUACAACCACUUGAAGGACAAGGUCAAGGACUUUUUGAAGCCAUUCGCGGAAAGCGGAAGACCUGUUGGGGCUGAGGAUAUCAAGGCGUAUUUCGAACGCUUGAGAGGUGACGAUGAAGGUAUCAUGGCUGCCCGAGGCGAUGCUGAGAGAGGCGGCGAAGGACGUAAGGGCAAUGGUGAUGGUGACGGAAAUGGCGGUCCCACGAGAGAUGAGCAGCGCGGUGAGUCUUGGCGGAACCUUUGA